AUGGCGGAACUGGGGAAGAAGUACUGCGUGUACUGCCUGGCCGAGGUGAGCCCGCUGCGCUUCCGCUGCACCGAGUGCGCCGACAUCGAGCUCUGCCCCGAGUGCUUCUCGGCGGGCGCCGAGAUCGGCCCGCACCGCCGAUGGCACGGUUACCAGCUGGUGGACGGCGGCCGCUUCACCCUCUGGGGCGCCGAGGCCGAGGGCGGCUGGAGCAGCCGCGAGGAGCAGCUGCUGCUGGACGCCAUCGAGCAGUUCGGCUUCGGCAACUGGGAGGACAUGGCCGCCCACGUGGGCGCAUCCCGAACGCCUCAGGAGGUGAUGGAGCACUACGUGAGCAUGUACAUCCACGGCAACCUGGGCAAGGCCUGCAUCCCUGACACCAUUCCCAACAGGGUGACGGACCACACGUGUCCCAGCGGCGGCCCGCUGUCCCCCAGCCUGACGACGCCGCUGCCGCCGCUGGACAUCUCGGUGGCCGAGCAGCAGCAGCUGGGCUACAUGCCCCUGCGCGACGACUACGAGAUCGAGUACGACCAGGACGCCGAGACGCUCAUCAGCGGCCUCUCGGUCAACUACGACGACGACGACGUGGAGAUCGAGCUGAAGAGGGCCCACGUGGACAUGUACGUGAGGAAGCUCAAGGAGAGGCAGCGGCGCAAGAACAUCGCGCGAGAUUAUAACCUGGUGCCGGCCUUCCUGGGCAAGGACAAAAAGGACAAGGAGAAAACUCCCAAACGGAAGAUCACGAAGGAAGAGAAGGAGUUGAGGUUGAAACUGAGGCCUUUGUACCAGUUCAUGUCUUGUAAGGAGUUUGAGGACUUCUUUGAGAACAUGCACAAGGAGAGGGUACUUCGAGCGAAGAUUCGGGAGCUGCAGCGGUACCGGCGGAACGGCAUCACCAAAAUGGAGGAGUCGGCGGAGUACGAGGCGGCCCGGCACAAACGGGAAAAGAGGAAGGAGAACAAGAACAUAGCUAGUUCCAAGAGAGGGAAGGAAGAGGGUAAAGAAGGUGAAUUUGCUGCCAUUGAAAACCUGCCUGGCUUUGAACUCUUGUCGGACAGGGAAAAGGUGCUCUGCAGCUCUCUGAACUUGAGUCCUGCACGUUAUGUGACUGUAAAAACUAUCAUCAUUAAAGACCAUCUCCAAAAAAGACAAGGAAUUCCUUCAAAGAGUCGCCUUCCCAGUUACUUAGAUAAGGUACUGAAGAAAAGGAUUUUAAACUUUCUGACAGAAAGUGGUUGGAUAUCCAGGGAUGCUUCAUGAAAUUCAGCCGAUCUCAAAAAACACAUCAGAGGCCCAUUACAGCCUCAAGGACUCCGUUAUUGUUUCCUUCCCUCCCCAAAGAUACAGAAACCAUGUCGGUUAAAAACGCAAAAGAGCAAAUACAUCAACCUCCAGAGUCAUCAUGAUCCAUGGUGGUUUAAGUAGACUUUUGCUUUGGAUCAUGGAAAAUACUUAAUUCUGAAACUUCUACAUUGGAUUUCACUGCUUUUGGUACAUUCUUAGAACAGAUUUUUUCAUGUGAACUUACUCAAGUCCGGUAGUCCCAGAGUAGUUGCUUUAGUUUGUACUGUUGGAUAAAGGAAUAUCAGUGUAAUCCUUGCUUUUCUCUGAAGGUAGGAGACAGUUUCAUUCACUGGAAACUUUCUUCACCCUUUGUUUUGUUUUUUUUUUUGGCAUAAUGCUGGCAGCAAAGUGAAGCUUAUGAAGGUCCUGUGCUCAGGAGGAGGUGAGCAGGGACUUCAGUGAGCAGUGCUAAGCUUUUGGAACAUUCUCCUCAGUAACUACAGCCGAGGCAUGGGGACGCCGGGAUGAGAGUUCCUGUUGGGAGUGCAGCAGGGCUGAGCCGUGGCAGGGAGAGGAGGGAAGGAAGGAAAUGGGGUAGCUGAGAUGCCUGCAGGGAUUUGUGCUGUAGAGGGGGGUUCUUGAAGAGCUCCAGCUGAUCUGGGCAUUGUUUUGGCCUGAGUUUCCUGAAACAGACCCCUCUGAAGAGUUGACGUUUCCUGCUUGGUACUGGAGUGUCAGGAGUCCCCAGCAGCUGUGGUGUUCUGCUCCAGAGGAGGGCUCAGCUACAGCAAGUACCUGGUUGGGGCAGAAAUGGCCUUUGGGAGAGUAGGCAGUGAGGUGUUUGGCAGAAGCUGAGAGCCUCAGGCAGCAAAAUCACUGCUUUUCCUUACUGGGGGAGCCUGCUUCUCCUCCUUUGGGAUCUUAACUGCUGAGCUCAUAGAAGCUGAGGAGGUGUAGCUGCCUCCUGAAUUUCGUUGGGAAGUCAGGGAAAGGGAGCAAGAUUCUCAGAUGGGUUGUGAUGGCUGAGAUUGGUCUUUAAAAACAAAAAUAACAAUUGAUGCAGAUUUGGUCAAAAUGCACAAAAUGUUCCUAAAUUUGGAGUGCUUAACCAGCCACUGCAGGGUUCUAAUUGCACACACCUUGAGAUGUACCAGCCCAGGCACAUUGGAUCUGGGUGUACUGACAGGGAGAGGGGCCGUGCACCUUGGGAGGGAUCUCCUCCAGUUCUGACAGCUGCUGCCUGCAGAGCUGCUGGAGCCAGC